UGCACUUCUGAUUCAGGCGGACUCUGAGCUGCAGCUGCUCCCGGCUCCUUUCCAGAAGGGCCCAGCCAACUGAGAUUCAAACUUCACUUUUCCUCCUCAAACCAUUUCUAAAAUGGCUGGGAAAAGGGUCGGACUCGCCCUAGCCACAGAAGCGAUUUUGCUGGUGUUGGUGACUUCUGAAAGUUUUAAGGUGGAAAUCACUCCAGGACCCAGAAUCGCCGCUCAGAUUGGCAAUGUAACCGUGUUGACCUGCAUCGCUACUGGGUGUGCGGCUCCAUCGUUCUCUUGGAGAACCCAGAUAGACAGUCCUCUUGGGGGGGAAGUAGAACCAGGAGCAAAGAAGUCCAUCUUGACCAUGAACCCCGUGGACUUCAAGAAUGAACACUCUUACUUGUGUACCGCCUUUUGUGAGAAUAAGAAAAUGGAGAGGGCCGUCCAGGUGGAGCUUUACUCUUUUCCCCAAGAUCCAGUGAUUACAAUGAGUGACUUUCUGGAGGUGGGGAAGCCUGCCACCAUCACCUGCCAAGUCCCCCAGGUUUAUCCAUCAGAGCGCUUGAAGAUUGAACUCCUGAAAGAUGGGCACAUCAUUGAGAGCAAAGAGUUUUUCAUGGAUGAGGAGAAGAAAUCUCUGGAGACCAAGAGCUUGGAGGUGACCAUUACCCCCACCAUUCUUGACAUUGGGCAAUCCAUCACUUGUCUGGCUGAAUUGCCAAUUGAUGACAUGGAGUUUCUUCCCAAGCUGAGGAAAACCACACAGAAGCUCCCCAUUAAUACUGCACCAAAGAAUACAGUCGUCUCCAUCACCCCCUCCAAUGUUGUGCAGGCAGGUGACUAUGUGAAGAUGACAUGUUCCAGUGAAGGCCUUCCCGCUCCAGAGAUUUCUUGGAGUAAGAAAAGGAGGGAUGGGAAUCUGGAAAUUCUUUCCCACAAUGCAACUCUCAUUCUAAAUGCCGCGAUGACAACAGAUUCUGGACUGUAUGUGUGUGAAGGAACUAAUCGGGUUGGCAAAGAUAAAAAAGAAGUGGAACUGAUUGUUCAAGAUGAAAGCUUCAAAGCUGAGAUCUUAGAAAGACCCAAAAUCACUGCCCAGAUUGGCAACUUGACCGUGUUGACCUGUAGUGUUACCGGAUGCCCGAACCCAUCUUUUUCUUGGAGAACCCAGACUGACAGUCCUCUCGAAGGGAAAGUAAAGAACGAAGACACCAGGUCUACCUUGACCAUGAGCCCUGUUGGCUUCAAGAAUGAACACUCUUACCUGUGUACUGCCUUUUGUGGAACUAGGAAAAUGGAGAGUGACAUUCAAGUGGAACUUUACUCUUUCCCCCAUGAUCCAGUGAUUACAAUGAGUGAUUUUCUGGAGGUGGGGAAGCCUGCCACCAUCACCUGCCAAGUCCCCCAGGUGUAUCCAUCGGAGCGCUUGAAGAUCGAACUCCUGAAAGAUGGGUACAGCAUUGAGAGCAAAGAGUUUUUCAUGGACGAGGAGAAGAAAUCUCUGGAGACCAAGAGCUUGGAGGUGACCAUUACCCCCACCACUCUUGACAUUGGGCAAUCCAUCAGUUGUCAGGCUGAACUGCCGAUUGAUGACAUGGAGUUUCUUCCCAAGCUAAGGCUAACCACACGGAGGUUGAAUAUUGGCAUCGCACCAAGGAAUACAGUCAUCUCUGGCGCUCCCACCACUACUGUGCAGGAAGGUGAUUAUGUGACAGUGUCAUGUUCCAGUGAAGGUCUUCCGGCUCCAGAGAUUUCUUGGAGUAAAAGACUGGAUAAUGGGGAUCUGGAAUUUCUUUCCCAGAAUGCAACUCUCACUUUCAAUGCCACAGUGACAGAAAAUUCUGGAAUUUAUGUGUGUGAAGGAAGUAACCAGGCUGGCAAAGAAAGAAAAGAGGUGGAGUUAAUUGUUCAAGUUCCACCAAAAGACACAGUGCUUGUAGCUUUCCCUUCCAACAGUGUUAAAGAAGGAGACACUGUAACUAUCUCUUGCACAUCCGUGGGUGUUUCUCCCAGUCAAAUUGUCUUAAGGAAGAAAGCUGAUCCGGGAGAGCAAGUACUGGAAUCCAGAAAUGGUCAUUAUACUAUACAUGCUGCUCGGUUAGAGGAUGCAGGAAUUUAUGAAUGUGAAUCCAAAACUGAGGUUGGACGGCAAUUGAGAAGCCUAAAUCUUGAUGUUAAAGUACCACCUCGAAACACAACAAUAUUGAUUCACCCAUCUAGAAAUGUAAAUGAAGGGGAAAAUGUCACCAUUACAUGUAAAACAUUUAGCCAUCCGCCUGCAGUGAUUGUCCUGAAAAAGGUUGAUCUGGCCAACGAAGUAUCCAUAUGUUCAAAGAAUGGAACCUUUACUUUGUAUCAUGUCACCCCAAAUGACACCGGGGUAUAUGUGAUUAGUGUUUCCAAUGAGGUUGGAAAAGACUCGGAACAGAUUGAAAUCUCAGUUAAGAGAAGGGAAAACCACAUAGACUACUUUUCUCCUGAACUUGUUGCACUCUACUGCGUCGCCUCCCUCAUCAUCCCAAGCGUCGGAAUGAUCAUUUUCCUCGUGAGGAAAGCCAACGUCAAGGGUUCCUACAGCCUGGUAGAUGCACUCAAAUCCAAAGUGUAGCUUUCAAGCCUUCUGCCAGAGACAAUGGAGGCGUCUAUCACCUGAACUCAAUGUGGACUCCUGCCAUAACCUUGGACUCUCCCUGUGGUGAUCACAUGACCUCAGUCCCCUACCUGUGGUAAUCACACGGAAGCAAGUGUUUGCAGAGUGUUUGCACUUAGUGCCACAGGCAGGAAGCCAAUAGGAAAUCCCCGGGAAAUGGUGGAUUUCUUCAGCCACAAGAGCAGAAUGGAGGCAACUCUGAUCCGAUGUAAAUUUAGCAUUCUCAGUUCUUGUACAUAUGUAUGAUAAAUGUUCUAGUUCCACUGAAGAUUAGUUUGGAAUAAAGCAACUUAGCUCAGAAGUAUCCUCCAAAGAAGACUGUCAAAUACUGUUGCUUAAUACAUUUAGAAAAUAGUGUACCUGUAAUUUUGAUUGUUCAUAUCUUGUUAACAUUUAUGAAUUAUGUCCUUUUUUACCGUCCUAAUUCCUCUUCAAGCAAAUUCAUUCCUCUAGAAACACUGAAAGUGAUAUUAUGCUUGGUAAAAAUGCCAGCAACCCCCAAAUUUGCAGAACCCCUGCAAAUUUACCAAAUGUACACUUGCUUGGCUUUCAGGUACAAUAAUCAGAAAUGACCAGUGGUGGCCCUUCCAACCUAUGCAGGGGAAAGUUCAUGGUAAAUAGAAAAUUUUUAUGGUCCUUCAGUACUCUCAUGGAACUUGCCCUCAACUGCUAGUUGCGGUUAGUCUCCAGGACCAAGCUCCUCACUUGAGUAGUCACUUGGACUACGGAUGCGGUACGGUUGUGGUAUUUUCAGAAAGCAGAAUCCUGGGUAACUUUGACUCUAUGUCUCUAAUGAAUGAUCAGUCUGUGACUAGUAAACUAGUUAAAAUUGUGAAACUGGA